AUGAAGAAAGAAAAACAAAACUUCAGAUUCCAAAUCCAAAAGAACAAGAUGGUUGCUGGCGACCGAAUUGCAGAAUUGAAUCGCAAGCAUCGCGAGGCUGAAAGGCAAGAAAGAGUAAUACAAGAAUUGCUGCGAACUCUGCAUGAAAAACUUGAACGUAUUCAGCAGAGCCUGAGAAAUCAAUUAAAUUUGUUGCGAGCAACUUUGGACAACUUUCCGGGAGAUGAAGAAGAGCAGCAAGACGAUGAAGGAGCUUAAGAUGCAGAGAAAAUCUUUUAAAAACCUUCGUUAGAAAGAAUUGAAGAUAUUUCUUUCAACAUUAGAGAACAAAAAUAAUUAAAUUGAGCAAUUUGAAUUUCUCUCCCGUCUUUGUUUUAUGUCUUACUUGAUGUUUUAUAUGCAACCAAACUGUUCACAGGUGAUAAAAUGACAUUGGUUUAUUUACUAAUGUUUAAAUAUUGUUUCAUUACUUUGAUUUUACUAAUUUACUGUCUCAUUUACAAGCAAGUUUAUUAUCACAUUCAUAACCUGUUUUCAAAAGUAAGUAAUUCUGGAGAUAUACUCUCCUUGUUUCAAAUAAAAAUACAAAUGAUUUCUAUGAUACAAUUGUCAAAAAGGGAUUUUCAAUUUAUUGUAAUAAUAUUUGCUCAAUAAAAAAUUAUGCAUUAUUUUUCUUGAAUGAUUCUCUUAGCAGUACUUCUCAUACAA